AUGUCCACCGACACGCCAGAGCCCGUGGCUGUCGAGCAUGCUCCUCCCCUCGCCCACCACGCCCACGCCAGCGCUUCCGACGAGGAUGCAGACGAGAGCGAAUCCGAGGCGCCCGUCGACCUCAUGGUCACGUCGCGAGCCAGGCGAUCCAAUGCCGGAAACCGCAUGGCGACGCUGCUCGCAAAGCAGGCUGAAGAAGAGGAGUGGGGAGAGGAGUGGGAGGAAGUUGCAAACGAGGAGGAUUUCAAAGGGGGAGACGUGAACGAGCAAGAGGACUACAACAUGGAUUCUUCAUCCUCGGAAGAAGAAAACCAUGCCGGCGACGACGAUGAAGAGGGCGAGAAGGAGCUGCGCAAAGCCGAGCGGCAAGAGCGCACCAAGAAGCGCAAAAUAGCCACAAACCCAUUCGCUGCGCGGCUCGCUACCGCAGCACGCAAGAAAGUCAAAAUCGACCUCCCGCGCACCGACUCCACCGUGUCCGCCCCGCUUCGACCGAAGAAGAAGUCGGAGAGAGCAUCCUGGAUACCCACGGAAGAAGACGGGCCCAUACGAACGUCGUCGCGGCGGCAAACGGUGGCGAACAAAGAGAGUACCCUGGCAAAGCUGCAGGAAAAGGACAGGCGGCGAGACGACACACUGGCCAUGAUGAAGGCUGCCGAGGCUCGGAAGAAGAAGGAGGAGCCUAAGCCCUUGACCCAGGCAGAGCGCCUCGCUGAAGCCGCGCGGCAAGAGAGAAUCAACAAAAAGACCCUGCACAGAUGGGAAGAGGCAGAGGAAGCUCGAGCUGCCGAAAGACAGGCCAAAAUCGAUGCACUCAAGAAUCGUCAAAUCGAGGGGCCCUUCAUUCGAUACUACAGUGGACCCGCCAUAUACGUGGAUGACAAGCUCAAAUAUACGGGCAAGGAUGCACCUACCCUUGAGCACCUGGAGGAAAAGCUCAACAAGGAACCUACAACAGUGGAAACGCCGAACCUCCCACCUGAAGCUACAGAACAGACGCCCGCCGCCACCACCACCACCACCACAGCCGAUCCGCAAACCCCGCACGACGAUACACUACCUCAGCACCAACCCCCGUUGAGCUCCCCAGAUAUGUUCUCAAUACCCGCCUCUCAGUCACUGCAACAGGACACACAACUGCCCUGGGCGGCUGGAUCGCAAGCGGCCAACGGAGAUGUCUUCAUGGGAGGCGAUGUGUUUAUGGGUUCAUCUCACGGCAUGUCGUCCUACAACAGCAAAAGCAACGUCAUGUUCGCCCCUCCACAAAACCAAGACUCCUUCCUCUUUGGCAUAGAUCAAUAUGCAUCGACCCAAGACCCGCAGAAUCAAACGCCUUCCUCAGACCUCCCUCCAAACCCUUUCUCCCAGACCCAAUCCUUGCAGCAGUACACAUCAUCCUCCUUUCCCCAGCCGUACCCACCCCUCGGCGACCCACUUCUCACUCCAAGUAACGGCGGUAUCGGCCCUCAAGCCCUGCUCUCACAGUCCCAACGCCCACCGCUCCCGCCUCACCCACCGCGACGCAAAGUAAUCAGACGUGCCAUGCGGAACCUGCUCAUCCUCUCCUCGUUCCCGAACCUCGAUGCCCCACCCACAUCGUCACGAGCUCGCACUGCCGCUUCCCUUCUCAAAGACAAGGAUCGCUCCGCCCUCACACAACUCUGCUCCACUUUGUUUGGUUGGAGCCAGCAGGAGGCUGCGUUGUUUGUUAGCAAUAUGCUUGCUGGCAGCGCGGCCAAGACACAGAAAGCGCGCGAGUUGCACGACGCCUCUAUCCGCCCUACCAAGCAACUCUGCGCCGUCACAAAUGCAGUAGCGCGAUACAGAGAUCCGGAGACUGGUAUUGCAUAUCGGGAUGCAAGGGCGUUCGGCGUGCUGAGAGGCGUGGUCGGUGGCGGAUUCGUGUGGUCAGGCGAUCUGGGAUGUUACGUGGGUGGACGAGCGAAGCCGUUGGAAAGCAUGGGUGGGAAGGGAUUCCUGGGUAUGCCGCCAGCGGCUGGGGUGCCGAGAAGGUUUUUGGAGAUGGUUAAGAAGGCACCACGGCCGGCGGGCGAAAAGCCAAUGGACGACAAGUGGGCGGGUGAGAAGCAGAACCCGCCUGCAACGCCUCAAACGCAGAUAUCUGUUGCUUCAGCGCCGAGCGGUGCCGUAAAAACAGAAGAACCAGCUGCGGCUGUGUGA